AUGUCUGUGCUGCGUUUUUUGGCAACGCGACAGGCGCUAACAGCGCUAAGCCGACCAGCGCUGCUAAAUACGCGCUUAAUGACAGCCUGGACAAGCAACAAGAACACAACAAUAACAACAUCACUCCUUGAAAAUAAUUGCACGCAAUUGCAGCAGCAACGCGGCCAUAAGCGUUUUGGUCAUGAAAAGGAGAUUACACCUAAGGUUACCAAGUACUUUCACAUAUUGAUUUUGAGUUUGUUUUUUGUAAGCGUGCUUGACUGGGGCAAAGUAAAGCGUUUGCUCAUACCCAAAGUGGACGCCGAUGCGGGUCAGCGUCCCAGUAAUGCAGCAGGCGUUAAUGGCGACAGUGAAACUGAGGACGAGGACGACGAUGAAGCGAGACUUAAUCUGCAUGAGGGCAAGAAGGUUAAGGAAAAAGUUGGUUUCCGCGAUCGCAAGAUCAUUGAGUAUGAGAAUCGCAUACGGCAAUUCUCGACGCCAGAUAAAGUAUUUCGCUACUUUGCCACCAUACAAGUGCCGAUUGCCGAUGAUCGCCAUGAGGUAUACAUGACUCCAACUGAUUUCUUGACCAGCAUGACGCCGGGAAUGAAACAACCAGAUGGUUUGGGUCUGGAUCAGUAUCGUCGCUAUGAUCCAAAGUCUGUGGGCGAGCAGCUGAAUUUGCAUUUGAAAGCGGACAGCAUUUUCUACAAGCUUGGCUCCUAUGGACUUAUAACCUUCUCCGACUAUAUCUUUCUGCUCACAGUGCUCUCGAUUUCUCGACGUCAUUUUGAGAUUGCUUUUCGCAUGUUUGAUCUGAAUGGCGAUGGUGAUGUGGACUGUGAGGAGUUUGAAAUGGUAGCGACGCUGGUGCGUCAACAGACCAGCAUGGGUACGCGUCAUCGUGAUCAUGCCAAUACGGGCAAUACCUUUAAGGGCGUCAACUCCGCUUUGAUUACCUACUUCUUUGGCCCCAACAUGGAUGAGAAGCUGACCAUAGAAAAGUUUUUGGACUUUCAGGAGCAACUACAACGCGAAAUACUUUCACUCGAAUUUGAACGCAAGGAUCCCAACGAGGAUGGCAAUAUAACGGAGGCAGACUUUGCUGAACUCUUGCUAGCCUAUGCGGGUUAUCCGCUGAAGAAGAAGCAAAAGAAACUUAAGCGUGUUAAGCGUCGUUUUCGUGAUCAUGGCACUGGCAUUUCCAAGCAGGAUUAUUUAGAUUUCUUUCACUUUCUCAACAACAUCAAUGAUGUGGAUACAGCGCUAACGUUUUAUCAUAUAGCCGGCGCUUCAAUUGAUCAGCAGACACUACAGCAUGUAGCCAAAACAGUAGCCAUGGUCAAUCUUUCCGAUCAUGUAGUUGAUGUAGUGUUUACUAUCUUUGAUGAGAAUAAUGACAAUCAACUCAGCAACAAGGAGUUUAUUUCUGUUAUGAAAAAUCGUGUGCAGCGUGGACUGGAAAAACCAAAGGAUACGGGUUUUCUGAAAAUGAUGCGUUCGGUGUUCAAAUGUGCCAAGGAAACGAAGCCUGUGCUUUUAGAUAUCUAGUUAACUAUUUGUUUGUUAUGCUCUUUUUGUAUGCUUAACCAAAGAUUAUAAACUUAAUCUUUGGCUAAGCUUUGUUUGCUGUUUUUAUAGUCAACUCAACUACGCUUGCUACUUAUUUAUUUAUAUUUAAUAUUAAUGCUAAAGCAACGCUGCAAAAACGCAAAGAUAAGCCAAAAUGGUGUAGGGUUUUCAUAACUUAAUACGAAUUUUAAUUAUAACAAA